AUGGCCUCUUCUCAAGCUACCCGAUGGGCCGCUCUCGCUCGCGACACAAACGAGACAAAGAUCCAGCUCGCUCUUAACCUCGACGGCGGCGAUUUCCCCCCAGACACUGACUCUCGUCUUCUCGACGACGGUGAUAACCAUGCUUCCCAGGCUAGCAAGUCGCAAAAGAUUGCUGUCAACACAGGCAUUGGGUUCCUCGACCAUAUGCUUCAUGCUCUGGCUAAGCACGCCGGCUGGAGUCUUGCUCUGAACUGCAAGGGCGAUCUUCACAUUGACGACCACCACACCGCCGAAGAUGUCUGCAUCGCUCUUGGAUACGCCUUCAACCAGGCCCUCGGUACCCCCGCCGGUCUCGCCCGUUUCGGCUACGCCUACGCCCCUCUCGACGAGGCCCUAUCCCGCGCCGUCGUUGAUCUUUCCAACCGUCCCUACUGCGUCGUCGACCUUGGUCUGAAGCGAGAGUGGCUCGGCCAGCUCAGCACCGAGAUGGUUCCCCACUGUCUGCAGAGUUUCGCUCAGGGUGCCCGAGUUACGAUGCACGUCCACUGCCUCCACGGUGACAAUGACCACCACCGAGCUGAGAGUGCCUUCAAGGCGCUUGCGGUCGCUAUUAAGGGUGCUACUACGAGGAUAGCAGGCAAGGAGGGCGAGGUGCCUAGCACCAAGGGCACUCUGAGUGCGUAA